CCUAGGAGCUGAUUGGCAGAUAUCACUACCCAACCCUGGACUCGGGGCCUCCUCCCGGGACCAACGAUUGGCCUCCUGGGAGGACUGGAGUAAAGGGGUGCUAGGGAAGGAGUUUCCCUCAAAGCUCUAGGUCCGGGACCUGGGAAGCAGGAGUGGAGGGACUUGGUUCUCCCAGCCAGUGUGCGGCCGGCGGCGGAGCGGGACGGCCAGGGGCUCAGCCUCCGCAGCAGCGCCAGCCCGGCCCGGCCCGCGCAACUUUCCAUCCUGGCCCAGCCGCGGCUACAGAGUACGGGGUUCCUGGCACUUUCCGGAGGGGUCUCUUGCUCCCUGCCGGGGGACUGACUGCGCUCUCUAAGGCUGACCUGUCCGAACUCUUAACACCCGGAUCAUGCACGCGGCCAGGACCCCCCGGAUUGCCUCCCGCGCCGGCGGGGUGGCCCACCCCCCCAGUUUUCAGCCGAUACCUGCGCUGCCGCCCCGCCUCGUGCUGCUGUUGCUGCUUCUCCUGUCACUGGUAAGGUGCGUCCCGGCACAGCCCGCUGCCCCUGGCCGGGCGUUGCUGUCCCCGGAUCUCGCGGGGGCUGCAGGGGUCCCCGCCGAGGAGGCCAUAGUGCUGGCGAACCGUGGGCUGCGGGUGCCCUUCGGCCGCGAGGUCUGGCUGGAUCCUCUGCACGACCUGGUGCUGCAGGUGCAGCCGGGGGACCGCUGCGCGGUGAGCGUGCUAGACAACGACGCGCUGGCCCAGAGGCCUGGCCGCCUGAGUCCCAAGCGCUUCCCGUGCGACUUCGGCCCGGGAGAGGUGCGUUACUCGCACCUGGGCGCGCGCAGCCCGUCGCGGGAUCGCAUUCGGCUGCAGCUGCGCUACGACGCUCCGGGAGGGGCAGCAGUGCUACCCUUGGUGUUGGAGGUGGAGGUGCUUUUCACCCAGCUGGAGGUUGUGACUCGGAACUUGCCCCUCGUCGUGGAGGAGCUGCUGGGGACCAGCAAUGCCCUGGACGCGCGGAGCCUGGAGUUCGCCUACCAGCCCGAGACCGAGGAGUGUCGCGUGGGCAUCCUGUCCGGCUUGAGCGCGCUGCCUCGCUACGGGGAACUCCUUCACUACCCGCAGGUUCCAGGUGGAGCCAGCGAGGGGGGCGCCCAGGAGCCAAUCCUGAUGGACUGCAAAGCUUUCCAGGAGCUAGGCGUGCGCUACCGCCACACGGCCCCCAGUCGGUCCCCAAACAGGGACUGGGUGCCCAUGGUGGUGGAGCUGCGCUCUCGAGGUUCGCCUCUGGGCAGGCCUCCUUUAAAACGUGAGCACUUCCAGGUGCUGGUGAGAAUCCGAGGAGGGGCUGAGAACACCGCACCCAAGCCCAGUUUUGUGGCCAUGAUGAUGAUGGAGGUGGACCAGUUUGUACUCACGGCCCUGACCCCGGACAUGCUGGCUGCCGAGGAUGCUGAGUCGCCUUCUGACCUGUUGAUCUUCAACCUCACCUCUCCUUUCCAGCCUGGCCAGGGCUACCUAGUAAGUACUGAUGAUCGUAGCCUGCCCCUCUCCUCCUUCACGCAGAGGGACCUGCGACUCUUGAAGAUUGCCUACCAGCCCCCGUCUGAGGAUUCUGACCAGGAGCGUCUCUUUGAACUGGAAUUGGAGGUAGUGGACCCGGAAGGAGCUGCCUCAGACCCUUUUGCUUUUAUGGUAGUGGUGAAACCCAUGAACACACUGGCUCCCGUGGUCACCCGGAACACUGGUCUCAUUCUUUACGAGGGCCAGUCUCGGCCCCUUACAGGGCCUGCGGGCAUCGGACCACAAAACUUGGUCAUCAGCGACGAGGAUGACCUGGAGGCAGUGCAGCUGGAGGUGGUGGCUGGGCUCCGGCAUGGUCACCUUGUUCUUCUGGGGGCCACCGAUGGCAAUGCUGCCCCUAGGACCUUUACAGUGGCUGAGCUAGCGGCUGGCCAGGUGGUCUACCAUCACGAUGACAAAGAUGGCUCACUGAGUGACAACCUCGUCCUUCGAAUGGUGGAUGGAGGACGCAGGCACCAGGUGCAGUUCCUGUUCCCCAUCACCUUAGUGCCUGUGGAUGACCAACCACCAGUCCUCAAUGCUAACACGGGGCUGACACUGGCAGAAGGUGAAACGGCGCCCAUCCUGCCGCUUGCUCUAAGUGCAACUGACAUUGACUCAGAUGACUCUCUGCUGCUUUUUGUGCUGGAGCCGCCCUCCUUAACCGUAGGGCAUCUGCUUCUCCGCCAAACUCAUCCUCCCCGUGAGGAGGAGGAGGAGGAACUGAGCAGGGGCCCUUGGAGGAGACAGGGAGCAUUCUAUGAGCAAACGGUGACAGAGUGGUGGCAGCGGGACAUAACCGAGGGGAGGCUGUUCUACAGGCACUCGGGGCCCCAUAGUCCCGGGCCAGUGAUGGACCAGUUCACAUUUCGAGUCCAGGAUAACCAUGACCCCCCUAAUCAGUCGGGACCACACAGGUUUGUGAUACGCAUUCAUCCUGUGGAUCGCCUCCCUCCAGAGCUGGGCAGCGGCUGUCCCCUUCGGAUGGUGGUGCAGGAAUCCCAGCUCACCCCGCUGAGGAGGAAGUGGCUUCGCUACACUGACCUGGACACAGAUGACCGAGAACUGCGUUACACAGUGACCCAGCCCCCCAUGGACACAGAUGAAAACCACUCACCAACCCCACUGGGCACCUUGGUCCUGACUGAAAACCCCUCAGUCGUGGUGGCCCAUUUUACCCAAGCCCAGAUCAACCACCAUAAAAUUGCUUACAGACCCCCGGAGCAAGAACUGGGAGUGGCUGCCCGAGUGGCCCAGUUCCAGUUCCAGGUGGAGGACCAAGCUGGGAAUGUGGCUCCGGGCACCUUCACCCUUUACUUGCAGCCAGUGGACAACCAGCCACCCGAGAUCCUCAACACUGGUUUCACCAUUCAGGAGAAGGGCCACCACAUCCUGAGUGAGACUGAGUUGCAUGUGGUUGAUGUAGACACUGACAUGGCCCACAUCUCUUUCACUCUCACACAGGCGCCCAAACAUGGCCACAUGAGGGUGUCUGGACGGAUACUGCAUGUAGGGGAGGUCUUCCACUUGGAAGACAUAAAACAGGGUCGGAUUUCCUAUGCCCAUAACGGGGAUGAGUCUCUCACUGAUAGCUGCUCCUUGGAGGUCAGCGACAGACACCACGUGGUGCCCAUCACUCUUAGAGUAAAUGUCCGGCCAGUGGAUGAUGAGGUCCCCAUGCUGAGCCUUCCUGCUGGCACUCUGGGGUCAUAUCUAGAUGUUCUAGAAAAUGGAGCUACUGAAAUCACUGCCAGUGUAAUCAAGGGGACUGAUGAGGACACUGAUGAUUUGAUGUUGACUUUCGUCUUGGAAGAUCCACCCUUAUAUGGAGAAAUCCUGGUCAACGGAGUUCCAGCAGAGCAGUUUACCCAAAGGGACAUCUUAGAGGGCUCUGUCGUCUAUGCCCACACUAGUGGUGAGAUAGGCUUGUUGCCCAGAGGGGACUCAUUUAACCUGAGUCUGUCAGAUAUGUCUCAAGAAUGGGUAAUAGGUGGCAGUACUAUCCAAGGAGUUACCGUGUGGGUGACCAUCCUCCCUGUUGAUAACCAGGCUCCAGAAAUUUCUGUGGGUGAACGGUUUAUAGUCGUGGAAGGUGAUAAAAGUGUUAUAACCUCAACACAUAUAAGUGCUGAAGAUACUGAUUCAUUAACUGAUGACAUCUUGUGCACCAUAGUUAUUCAGCCUACCUCCGGUUAUGUUGAAAACAUUUCGCCAGCUCCAGGCUCUGAGAAAUCAAGAGCAGGAAUCGCUGUAAGUGCCUUUACCCUGAAAGACCUCAGGCAGAGUCAUAUUAACUAUGUCCAGAGUGUCCAUAAAGGGGUCGAGCCUGUGGAAGACAGAUUUAUAUUUCGUUGCUCUGAUGGCAUUAACUUUUCAGAGAGACAUUUUUUCCCCAUUGUCAUCAUUCCCACCAAUGAUGAACAGCCGGAAAUAUUUAUGAGAGAAUUUAUGGUGAUGGAAGGCAUGAGUCUGGUGAUCGAUACGCCCAUCCUCAAUGCUGCUGAUGCUGACAUUCCCCCGGAUGAUCUAACUUUCACUAUUACCCAAUUUCCUACUCACGGUCACAUCAUGAACCAGCUGAUAAAUGGCACAGUUUUGGUUGAAAGCUUCACCUUGGACCAGAUCAUAGAGAGUUCAAGCAUUAUUUAUGAGCAUGAUGACUCUGAGACUCAGGAAGACAGUUUUGUGAUAAGACUAACGGAUGGUAAGCACUCAGUGGAAAGGAUGGUCCUCAUUAUAGUUAUCCCAGUUGAUGAUGAGACCCCCAGAAUGACCAUCAAUAAUGGACUAGAAAUAGAAAUUGGGGAAACCAAAAUUAUCAACAACAAAAUAUUAAUGGCAACUGAUUUGGACUCUGAAGACAAAUCUUUGGUUUAUAUUAUUCGUUAUGGGCCAGGACACGGCUUAUUGCAGAGACAAAAACCUACAGGUGCCUUUGAAAAUAUCACACUGGGCAUGAAUUUCACCCAGGAUGAAGUGGACAGAAACUUAAUCCAGUAUGUCCAUUUUGGACAAGAGGGCAUUCGGGACCUAAUUAAAUUUGAUGUGACUGAUGGAAUAAAUGCCCUCAUAGAUCGCUACUUUUAUGUUUCCAUUGGGAGCAUUGACAUUGUCUUCCCAGAUGUGAUAAGCAAGGGAGUAUCCUUGAAAGAAGGUGGCAAAGUCACCCUCACAACAGACUUACUAAGCACCAGUGACUUGAACAGUCCUGAUGAAAACUUAGUUUUUACCAUCACCAGGGCUCCCAUGAGAGGUCACUUAGAGUGCACAGAUCAACUUGGAGCAUCCAUCACAUCUUUCACUCAGCUCCAACUGGCUGGCAACAAAAUCUACUACAUCCACACAGCUGAUGAUGAAGUCAAGAUGGACAGCUUUGAGUUUCAAGUCACCGAUGGACGUAACCCUGUCUUCCGGACAUUCCGUAUCUCCAUUAGUGAUGUGGAUAACAAAAAGCCAGUGGUCACCAUCCAUAACCUGGUUGUCAGUGAGGGUGAAAACAAGCUGAUCACUCCCUUUGAACUCACUGCCGAAGACAGAGAUACUCCUGACAAACUUCUGAAGUUCAUUGUCACCCAGGUGCCUGUUCAUGGUCAACUCCUAUUCAACAAUACCAGACCUGCCACGGUUUUUACCAAGCAAGACUUGAAUGAAAACUUAAUCAGCUACAGACAUGAUGGCACUGAGUCGAGUGAAGACAGCUUCUCCUUCACGGUGACUGAUGGUUCCCAUACAGAGUUCUAUGUUUUCCCUGAUACAAUAUUUGAAACAAGGAGACCCCAAGUGAUGAAAAUCCAGGUCUUAGCUGUUGACGAUAGUGUCCCCCAAAUUGCCGUGAACAAAGGGGCCUCCACACUUCGCACUCUGGCUACUGGUCACUUGGGCUUCAUGAUCACAAGCAAAAUACUGAAAGCGGAGGACAGAGACAGUCUACAUUUUUCUCUCAGGUUUAUUGUGACAGAGGCCCCUCAACACGGAUAUCUCCUCAACCUGGACAGAGGCAACUACAGUGUGACUCAGUUUACACAAGCUGACAUUGACGACAUGAAAAUAUGCUACGUUUUAAAAGAUGGGGCCAAUGCCACAAGUGAUAUGUUCCAUUUUACAGUUGAAGAUGGUGGUGGAAACAAAUUAACCAAGCAGCAUUUUCGUCUGAAUUGGGCAUGGAUCUCCUUUGAAAAGGACUAUUACCUGAUCAAUGAGGACUCCAAAUUUCUAGAUGUCGUUCUUAAACGUAGAGGUUACUUGGGAGAAACUUCAUUUAUAAGUAUUGGCACAAGAGAUGGGACUGCAGAAAAAGACAAAGACUUCAAGGGCAAAGCACAGAAACAAGUGCAGUUCAACCCAGGCCAGACCAGGGCCACCUGGAGAGUGCGGAUCAUGAGUGAUGGGGAGCACGAACAGUCGGAGACCUUCCAGGUGGUUCUCUCAGAGCCCGUGCUGGCUGCUCUGGAAUUCCCUGCAGUGACCACAGUGGAGAUUGUUGACCCAGGAGAUGAGUCAACUGUAUUUAUUCCCCAGUCUGAAUACUCUGUUGAAGAAGAUGUCGGUGAGCUGUUCAUUCCCGUCAGGAGAAGGGGAGACGUGAGCCAGGAGCUGAUGGUGGUCUGUUAUACACAACAAGGCACGGCAGGCGGAACUGUGCCCACAUCAGUGCUGUCCUAUUCAGAUUACAUAUCCAGGCCCGAGGACCACACCAGUGUCAUCCGCUUUGACAAAGAUGAGCGCGAGAAAAUGUGUCGCAUCAUUGUUAUUGAUGACUCCUUGUAUGAAGAGGAGGAAACAUUCCAUGUCCUUCUGAGCAUGCCCAUGGGUGGGAGGAUUGGAUCAGAGUUCCCAGGGGCUCAGGUUAAGAUCGUCCCUGACAAAGACGAUGAACCUGUCUUCUACUUUGGCAACGUCGAGUACCCCGUGGACGAGAGCGCCGGCUACGCAGAGGUGCGGGUGUGGAGAACAGGCACGGACCUAUCCAGGUCUUCCAGUGUCACAGUCAGAUCCCGGAAAACGGAUCCUCCCUCUGCUGACGCUGGAACAGACUAUGUGGGAAUCAGUCGGAAUUUAGAUUUUGCACCUGGAGUCAACAUGCAGACUGUUCGUGUUAUCAUCCUGGAUGACCUUGGGCAACCGGUGCUGGAGGGAAUUGAGAAAUUUGAACUAGUGCUUCGUAUGCCUAUGAAUGCUGCCCUCGGCGAGCCCAGCAAAGCCACAGUGUCCAUAAAUGAUUCUGUCUCGGAUUUGCCUAAGAUGCAAUUCAAAGAACGAGUAUAUACUGGCAAUGAAAAUGACGGGCAGAUAGUUGCAAUGAUCCACAGGAGCGGAGACGUUCACUACAGGUCUUCAGUGAGAUGUUACACCCGGCAGGGGUCUGCGCAGGUGAUGACGGACUUUGAGGAACGUCCAAACACUGGUAGUUCCAUCAUCACAUUUCUCCCUGGUGAGACCGAAAAGCCUUGUGUCCUUGAGCUGAUGGACGACACACUCUAUGAGGAGGUAGAGGAGCUCCGCCUGGUUCUUGGCACCCCACAAAGCGACUCCCCCUUUGGGGCUGCAGUUGGGGAACAGAAUGAAACUCUGAUAAGGAUCCAAGAUGAUGCUGAUAAGACUGUUAUUAAAUUUGGAGAAACCAAAUUUAGCAUCAGUGAACCCAAAGAACCGGGACAGUCGGUGGUUGUAAAAAUUCCAGUGAUUCGCCAAGGAGAUACUUCAAAGGUUUCCAUCGUGAGAGUCCACACCAAGGAUGGCUCCGCCACCUCUGGAAAAGACUAUCACCCUGUGUCAGAAGAAAUUGAGUUUAAGGAGGGAGAAACCCAGCAUACUGUUAACAUUGAAGUAAUCUUCGACGGGAUCAGAGAGAUGAGAGAGGCCUUCACUGUUCAUCUAAAACCCGAUGAGAACAUGGUAGCAGAGACGCAGGUGACCAAAGCCAUUGUGUAUAUAGAAGAAAUGAACAGCAUGGCAGAUGUCACUUUUCCUUCUGUCCCUCAAAUUGUGUCAUUAUUGAUGUACGAUGACACUUCCAGAGCUAGAGAUAGUGCUGGACCCGUGUCUGGCUAUCCUGUUGUCUGUAUCACGGCUUGCAACCCUAAAUACUCAGACUAUGACAAAACAGGCUCUAUUUGUGUAAGUGAGAACAUCAAUGACACCUUGACCCGGUACCGAUGGCUAACUAGCGCACCCGCUGGCCCUGAUGGCGUCACCAGCCCUAUGAGAGAAGUGGACUUUGACACUUUUUUUACAUCAUCCAAGAUGAUCACCUUGGAUUCCAUAUACUUCCAGCCCGGCUCCAGGGUGCAGUGUGCGGCCCGCGCUGUGAAUGCCAAUGGCAAGGAGGGCCUGGAGCUGAUGAGCCCUAUUGUCACCGUCGGCAGAGAAGAAGGUCUGUGUCAGCCCCGGGUGCCGGGGGCAGUGGGGGCAGAGCCGUUCUCAGCCAAGCUGCGCUACACGGGCCCCGAGGACCCAGACUACACAAACCUUAUCAAGCUCACGGUCACGAUGCCACAUAUAGAUGGCAUGCUCCCUGUGAUCUCCACUAAAGAGCUUUCCAACUUUGAGCUCACCCUCAGUCCUGAUGGCUCAAGAGUUGGAAACCACCAGUGCUCCAACCUUCUGGAUUACACUGAAGUGAAGACUCACCAUGGUUUCUUAACUGAUGCUACAAAAAAUCCAGAAGUAAUUGGAGAGACGCAUCCCUACCAGUACAGCUCAUCUAUCAGAGGCACUAGUACAUUACGCUUCUAUCGAAACCUGAACCUAGAGGCCUGUUUGUGGGAGUUUGUUGGCUACUAUGACAUGUCAGAACUCCUCACUGACUGUGGAGGCACCAUCGGGACCGAUGGACAGGUCUUAAAUCUAGUGCAGUCCUAUGUGACCCUUCGAGUGCCUCUGUAUGUUUCCUACGUGUUCCAUUCCCCGGUUGGGGUAGGAGGCUGGCAACAUUUUGACUUGAAGUCGGAGCUCCGCCUGACUUUCGUGUAUGACACUGCCAUCUUGUGGAAUGAUGGAAUCGGCAGCCCACCAGAAGCCGAACUCCAAGGUUCUCUCUACCCAACAAGCAUGCGCAUCGGUGAAGAGGGGCGGUUGGUGGUGAACUUCAAGACAGAAGCUCAGUUCCACGGUUUGUUCGUGCUGUCCCAUCCCGCAUCCUUCACGAGCUCAAUGAUCGUGUCAGCUGAUCACCCAGGCCUGACCUUCUCCCUGCGCCUCAUAAGGAGUGAGCCGACCUAUAACCAGCCGGUGCAGCAAUGGAGCUUUGUGUCUAACUUUGCAGUACGUGACUAUUCGGGGACUUACACAGUGAAACUCCUGCCUUGCACCACUCCAUCGCAUCAAGAGUACCGCCUGCCAGUCACCUGCAACCCCCGGGAGCCUGUCACCUUUGACCUCGACAUACGGUUCCAACAGGUCAGCGAUCCGGUGGCAGCUGAGUUCAGCUUGAACACCCAAAUGUACCUCCUCUCCAAGAAGAGUCUCUGGUUGUCUGACGGAUCGAUGGGAUUUGGGCAAGAAAGUGAUGUUGCCUUUGCAGAAGGUGACAUCAUUUAUGGGCGUGUCAUGGUAGAUCCUGUCCAGAAUCUGGGUGACUCCUUUUACUGCAGCAUUGAGAAGGUUUUCCUGUGCACUGGAGCUGACGGCUAUGUUCCCAAAUACAGUCCCACAAAUGCAGAAUACGGCUGCUUAGCUGACUCUCCUUCACUCUUAUACAGAUUUAAAAUUGUGGACAAAGCUCAGCCAGAGACACAAGCCACCAGUUUUGGAAAUGUCCUAUUUAAUGCCAAGCUAGCAGCAGAUGACCCUGAAGCUAUUCUCUUAGUGAAUCAGCCUGGAUCCGAUGGCUUUAAAGUCGACUCAACACCACUCUUUCAGGUCGCCCUGGGCCGGGAAUGGUACAUACACACGAUCUACACGGUAAGAUCGAAAGACAACGCCAAUCGAGGCAUUGGUAAAAGAAGCACCGAGUACCAGCACCACUCCUUAGUGAGUCCGGGGAAGCCCCCGGCGAUGAGCCAGGGCCGGAAGAAGAGGGAGAUCAGGAGCCCACCCCCGCUGGCCUGGGAAAUAGGUGCUAACAACAACCGGGGAACAAACAUCCAGCACAUUGCCCUGCAGCGCCCCAACAGGAAGCAGAGCCCCCAGGGGCGAGUGCCUCCCGACGGCGUCCUCCCCCGCGAGCUCGACCGGCCCAGCUCCGACGACGUCAGCCUGGUCCCGGUGGUCGGAGGCACCGCGGUGGGCUUACUCGCCGUCUGCCUCGCUGCCAUCGCAGUGAUGAUGUGCAGGAACAAGAAGGGCGCCAGGAGGAAGGGCGCUCUGAAGGGCUCAGGCAGCAGCAAGCCCGUGACGCCCCCGCAGAGCCACCACGGCGACAGCUCAGAGGUUUGAGGGGCGCAGGUGGGAUUCAGCCUUUGCCUCAAGUGCCUCGGAAAGACGGGAGGAACCCAAAUGCUUCUGUCAACGGCCGAGAAUUGGGGACUUCUGUUCCGGAGCUGCUCAGAGGGCCUGACUGUACUCAUGAACUUGGAUUUGAAUUCUGUCUACUCUUUUCAUGCAUCAGAGAACACAUGCAGACCACAGACCAGGCCUUUCCUCUGGCCCAGGAGGCAGCAACAAUGUAUUCACGUGUACACACAGCCAUCAGUGGGCUUCUCACUUUAGGCAUUUUUCUCUACACAGUGGAGACAAAUCUAUUCAAAGGUGCUGCAGACUCUCUCAGAAGUUUAAGAGGAGUCUAUUAUUGCUAUAUGAGUAUGAAUCUUGAAGGUGCAAUUAUCACAUGGUUUACUCAUUGUGUAACAGCUUAUUACUAGAAAGGUUUUAAUGGGCAGUCUGCAAGAAUGAUAAACACACUGUUUAUUAUGACAGGUUUUCGAAUAGGUGAAGACAGCAUGGAAUUAUGACCAGGGGUGGCUCAACCCAUCAUUCACCUUUUCUACUACUACGUGGGAGGGAGUGGAAGGAAAGAUAGAGGGAGGGGACUCACUAGCUUGGAUUUGAAUUGUUUCUCAUCCUCGUCAGAGCCUCCUUAUUUUAUUUGCUUAUUUAACUUUAAAUUAAACCAAAGAAUAUGUUAAGUCUGGAAGAAAUUGUCAAAGAAAGACUUUCCUGUUACAUAGUGAGAAAUAGUCGAGUUCUUGCAUGAUAGUGUACCUUAUUGGUGCUCAACAUUUGUGGGAAAUGAGAGGGUUGGUGGCGUUUUGAUGAUGAAGAAAUGCUAUAGAGAUAGAUUCACAUUUAUAAGACAAUGUUCUCUAAGAACUGAGCCUAGAUAUUUGCAGUAUUGAACCCAUCAAUGAUAAUGAGAAAUAUCAUUACAGGUGGUGGAGGGAGAAAGUGGUAUUUAUUAAUAUCAUGUGUUUAACCAAAGUGCCUCUUCUACGUACUUUAUGGAAUUAAAGAACAUUCUGACAGAUGAUACAUGAGGUUAACCCUCAGAGUAGCAUAACCACACAACCAAUGUCCAGAACUUAAAUUGGCCAUAGGGCAUUUUAUUAGCCUUCUAAUCAGCCUCUGGUUCUAAAAAUGGGAACCUCUGCAACUGUCAUUCCAGAGAUGGCCUUGGAGGUUGCCAUCUUCUUUGAUCCAGGAGGAAAGCAGCAUUCUUUGACAUCUCCAGUUCAGUGAGCUGAUGCAGUGAGGUCCCUCUCAGUAUCUGAAAAAAUAACGUGUAACGCUACUUACAGUGUUAAAAAUCAAGAAACUUAGUGAGCUUGCUUGGCAAGGCUCCCGUCGCCUUUCUGAAAAAAAUAUACUCUCACCAAAUGGCAGAAAUUUUGGUUGGAAAGCGAAGGAAAAUGUCAGUAGUCUAAUGACCAAUCUUCCAAAAGCUAGUGAAUGUAUUCCAAGCAAAAAUUAGGGUCAGGAGAAAAAGAACUGUAUGUUCUUUUUACUUGCGUUCCUAGCCUGGCCACACUGGACAUCCUAGUGGAAUGGAUCUUAUCUGGUGUCCGUGGGCACCAGCCAUCUCUUUACUGAAAAAAAGGAAUCUACACUGGUGCUGAGAGAGAGGUGAAAAGUGUCUAAUGCUCGCCUCUCUUCUUUUGGGCAGCUCUGCACUUCACAUUCAAAGUCUUUCAAAGAAUAUGGUAGACUGGAGUCUCCUUUUUGGGGAAUUUACAGAUAUCACCUAUAACUCAAAGGUCCCCCAAAGGACUUAUAUAAAGUACUGUAUAGCCCAGGAGUUCAUUUGUCAAACAUUGAUGCUUUCAUAAUUAUCCCCUUUUCUUUUGCUUUGCCUUCUGGCAGAUGCUUUGCUACUUUUUCAGCUACCUCAUAACUUGUCUAGGAAUGAGCAUGAGUUAAGUCGCUUCAAAUAGUGUGUGGACUUUUCAUGACUUAGCACUGGGUUCAACUCACUUAGGCUGUUAGAGCAAGUACUCGCGAUUGACUGCAUGUUCCUUUAGUAGUUUGGUUGCUUCAGAGCCUGACUCUCGUGCAAUCUUGAUCAUCUCUGUCACUGAAUAUAGUAAUCAGUGAAGCAUCAUUACAACAAGUCUGUUUGGAGCCUUUGGGCCACACUGAUUUUAUAUCAAAUUCCACUCUACAAUUAGUUUUUCUAAUGAGACUGGCAUAUAUGAAUUGGAGGGCUUAUAAAAUACAGAACAUGUCUAUCCUUUCCUAACAAAGAAAAGUUUCUUCCUCUCUGCCCAUUCCUUCUCUCUUUCUCUCCCUUUCCUUCCUCCCCUUGAAAACAGAGUCUGUAGGAAAUAGGCAGAUAUAGGUUUCUUAAGUAUAAAGUGCUUGAAUUUCGGCAUCAUUCUCUUUAUCUAUUUAUUUAAUGUGUGAUUUUACAUACAUUAAUCAUAAAAAAACUCUCUAGUGGAAAAAAGAAUCAGGGAAAAAUGCUUUAUUGUUCAAUAAAACAGACGCUUUUCCCUAAUAUUUUGUUUUUAGACAUUUAUGCUGGUAUUAUCAGAACAAUUACAUAAAAUAACUUCCCAUAGACAAUGGGAUGUAAGCUAUAAUAACUCCUUAGAUACCCAGUAGCUUCUGACGCUAAUUAAAACUGUAUAAUUGAAAUUGUAUUGCAGAGUAAACUCAAAGCACAAAAAUAUAUAUGGAGCCUUAGCAGCUCUCCCAGCAUAUGAACUAUGAAACAUUACAAUACGUAAUUACGUUUUAAUGAUGGUUUUAUUUCUUCCAAUUCAUUCCCUCUGUUAACAUUUACUAAAUGCUCACCUAGGACUAGCCACUUUGAGAGAUUACAUAGAAACCAAGAUGUCCUGCCUGGUCUUGGGCAGGUUAUAAUCAAAUGUGGCUCUUCCUUUAGACAAGAGUGAUUAACGUUUGCAUUGGGUUCUGCCCUGGACCAAGAACAAGCCAGGCAUGUCUGUGAACCACAACUUAAAACUCUCUCCAGAGCACCGAUAGUGGAGUCUACUCAUUUUCAUCUAAAAGAACCCCACGUUAUGGAUCAUUGUGAUCACAGAUCUAAGGCAAAUUAUUUCAAAUCAAUAAUUUAAAUGGAAAUGCCUUCACAAAUCUACACAGAGAGGGUGUAUUACAGGGAUGUGGGUAGCCUGGCAUAUUCUUUUCCUCUUAAUGGAAGACAGGCCCACUUUAUUCCAAGAAUGGGAUAUAGCACAUAAAUUCUUGUUCCCUUCCAUUCACAUCCCCAACAGCUCCUGAAGUGCACCCUCCCACAAGCAUCCACAGUGUUUGAACAGUAUGAGUGAAGGUCAACUAGAAUUCCUCUGCCAUGCUACUGCAUAGCAUUUGUGAUAUGAAGGACCAACUCUAGGCUCAGGAUGAAGGGAUUUAGUUCUAUAAAUAGCAGCAAACAACUUCUUUAUCAAGUCAUCAUACCUCUAAGUCUUUUCCAGGGUACCAACUCCACGGUCAACUUUGAAAAUGGAAAUGGACCUGUGUGAAAAUCACGGAGGCUUUCCUCAUAUAAAUCGGUGCUAACGGUUAAAAUAGUCCUAGAUUGAGAAACGAUAAAGUAGCAAUAACAGCAAAAUGUAAUGACAUUUAGAUUUUUAAAGUUGGAAAUUUGAUUUCUGCUACUAUUUUGAAAAUAUCUACUUAGUUUUGACUUAGAAACCAAUUUAGCCCUUUAAAAGAAAAAGAAAAAAGAAUUUUUAAAGAUGCAAGUGUUUUACAAAUUUGAAAUUUACAUAAUUGUAUUCAUUUGAAAACAAGGGAGCUAUAAUUCUUUGAAACUCUUUUGUUUCUUCUAGACAGGAGAGCAAUAACAAAAGGAAGAAGACAGGUGUCUUUACUAACCAUAGGGCAAAUGAUCAAUAGGGCUUAAGUGUGGAGAUUUUCAAGAAGGUCAACAGAAUGGUCAUUUGUGUAAACAUACGGUUGUGGGAUUUUCUUUGACAUUAUAAUGUUCAAAGGUUACUAUGUUUCCUUAAGAUUUUUCUUAGAACUGAUUCCAGUGUUGCCUGGUAAUGACAUAAAAAUUUUCAGAAAAUACUAUCAAUAGGUUCAAAGUUUCCCUCACUGUCUAUUUCUCCUUGUUGCCAUAUCCUUUGACGUUAAAAAUGAAAGACUGAGAUUUUGGUAGGUAUUUUGCUUUUAAUAAGAGAUUCUAAAAUAGAAGUGCAUGGUAUUUUCCUACAGUUUUCCCUGGAAAGAUUAUACAGAAACUUUAUAGAUAAAAGAAAGCUCAAGAGAGAACUGAAGUUGAUAAAACAAACUAUACUAAGGUGAGCCUCUCUCGAAUUUAAUUUUAUCAGGAAAACAAAUCAGAGUAUUGAAUUGGCAGACUUUUAAACAGUUUUGCUGUCUUCCUUAUCUUUCAAGUACAUUUGUUACCUUUUCCUGAUAUCUGUUUGUAUGUUUUUGUUUUUUUUUUUAGUAUUGUGUUUUGCUUAGGAGCAAAAGAAAAAACCAAAACCAAAACCCUGCUGUAGCAAUGACGUCUUCUUCUAUUUUCCUUCCUUCCUUCCUCCCUCCCUCCCUUUCUUCCUUCCUUGGUUCCUCUCUGGCACAGACUAGGGUUUUUUCUUCCUCUGAAAUUUCUUUAUCAUUCUUCCAGCAAUGCUUCCCUUUUAGUUUGGAAACCAUUGCCAUUUACACUACGUAAUUAGCAUUCUCAUUCAUCUGAAAGCUAGUAAGUGAGCCCAGCACUUGGGCAGUGUCCCUUCUUUAUCAAAUGUUAAGGCUUUUAGAUGAUGGAGAGAACUCCCUUCAAAAGAUCAAAAACAUCAUACUGAAUAAUGUGAUGACAAUCUGUGCUUUGAUUUUCUCUCAAUGAAGGUUCAACACUGACAUUUAGGACACACACACAAAAUCCCUUUAAAGGUUUGAGCAAAAAUAAAAGGCCAGAGAUCACAUAUAUGAAGUUGUUCUGCAUGAUUGAAUACUUUGCAAUGAAAUAAAUGGCAAAAUAAAAAAAAACUGUUAAAAUGUUAACAGCAUUGAAGUGUUUUAAAUUGUAAUUAUUAAAUGCACAAUGUUCCUUUCACUAUGAGCCAGAUGUUGCCUACGCUGAUUGCAUGAUUCCUUGAAUACUCUAAGUGAAUCUCUACUACAGAUAUUUAUUUUUCCAAAGUUUGGAUCGUCCCUUCGCAUAAGAAUUGUCAGUAUUGUGCCUUAGAAAAGAAGAAAGAAAAGAGAGAACUGUGAAUUUUUAAGAACUAACAUUAAUAAUAAAGAGCAUUGUAAUACAAAUCGCUUAAAAUAUAGACAAGCAAUUACUGGUAAAAAUAAAAGAUAAUCUCUGUAAGGGCCCAAAUUAAGCCCAUUACAAAAAGAAGUACAAAGCCUAGUCUCUUUCUGUGGUUUCAGGGAUUCAAGUUUUUGGCAAGGUAUUUUUUAAGCCCAUUUGUCUCUAAAAGAAAACUCCAGGCUGGACAAGGAGUUGUGUGUUUGAUAAUUGUAUUAAGUUCCUGCUUCCUUCCCCAAAGCCUUCCAAAACAGUAAAUUUAUAUUUAUCUAGCCACUGAGUGACAUAUCUGUGUGUAAUGGAAUUAUUUGCAGAGCUUAAUGGCCUUUGUGAUUUUCCCAUGGGAAUUCUUCAAAAACGAACAGGGUCUAGUUUUUGUUGUUGUUGUUUAUUGACUGGGGUACUUCAUGUUUGCUGGCUGUUGAAGCUUAUCCCUGGGAAACCAAUUAUGCCAAUAAUUGGGAGCCAUUCAGUCUUCCAUCCAUGUCUAAAAUAAUUCUUGCUGCCACUUGGGUUGCGUAAGUACCACUGUUUUCCUUCGAAAUAUAUCACAUGUUUAAUAUAAAUAAAGCCCACGUAAAUGUAAA